GCGUGCGGCAACGUUGGCGGCGGCGGCGGCGGUGGCAGGAACGGGGUCAUGGCUACGCCAAGCCUGCGGGGCCGCCUGGCGCGCCUGGGCAAUGGGAAGCGGCCGGUGCUGAAACCCAACAAGCCCCUGAUACUGGCCAACCGGGUCGGGGCAGGACGCCGCGAGCUCGGAGAAGCAACCUGUAUAACGGAGAUGUCCCUGAUGAUGGCUUGCUGGAAGCAGAAUGAAUUUAGCGACACAAUUUGUUCCAAGGAGAUUAAAGACUUCUUUGACUGUGCUUCAAAGGCUGAGGCAGAGCGGAAGCAAAAAGCAAAACAGGAGUUGCUGGGCCCCUCUGGGAAUUUGACUCCCAAGCAAACAAAUAAAUUGUUGGGGAGGUUUCCUAAUAUAUCCUACGUUAUCUGAAGGUGUUAUGUAGCUUUUUAAGGACUGGCCUCAUGGAAGCAACUUGGUGGUGUUUGGACUGAGUGGCAGAGGACAUGGUCUCACCCCUGUGGGGUUGUGAUUUGGGUGAGAGUUCUGCUUUACUCUGAAAUAAAAUCUUUACAAGAGAGCUUGGACUGUGUUGUGGAUCAGGUCACCCUUUGCCUCUCAACCCCCGAACCCCAGCCUUUUCCAGGGCCCUGGGACCUUCUUUACUUCAUAGAGAAGAACCUAACCUGCCUUGGGAGUGGACUCAAGUUUGAUUUCUUCAAGGUCAUUGAAGGACACAGAAUCCUCAGAGGUGGAAGGAAUUUAGAGGUCCUCUAGUCUGGACGUUGAUAUUUGCUUUGGAUGCCUCUUGCUGCUGGGGCAUGGGAGGCCAGGUAUACUUCAAGCCUUUUGUUUCCAUGGUCAUUGAUUCAUCCCUACUGUAUGUCAUGGGUAGAGGAUUUUGGAUUUUAUGCUGGUUCACUGAGUGUAUCAAUGAUGACUCUCAUUCUCUUUCAGAUUCCUACAAUGUGAGAGGCAGACGUAGACUUACAGUAGACCAGAGGUUCUUAGCCCAGGGUCUGUGGACUUGUAUUUUUUUUAAAAAUGUUUUGAUAGCUGUAUUUUAACAUAAUUUGUUUUCUUUUUAAUCUGGUGUAUUUAAUUUUAUGCAUUUAAAAACAUUAUUCUGAGAAUGGGGCCAUAAAAGGUUAAGAACCCCUGAUUUAAACAACCAUUAAGCAACUACUGUGCCCAGGGUACUGUACUGAGUGCUGGGAGGCAGUGGGUGUGGUGGACGAAGGAAGGCAGACCCUGUCUUCAAACAGCUAGCACUCUAAUUGGAAGAAAAAUACAAGUACCCCAAUAAUUGAAACAAUGCAGAAUGUAGUAAGUGUAAAGGAAGGGUCCUAGUGGUGAGUAAAAGUUUAGGAGGGAGAGAUCACUUUUCAGCCCCGGAGAUCUGGUAAAGUUCUUGGAGGAAGAUAGAGCUUGAGUUAGGCCUUGAAUUGAGGGGAGGGAAGGAAUAAGUACCGAGGGAGGAAGGCCUCUGAAAGCCUGGCCCUGAGGUAGGAGACAGCAGGAAGUAGUUGAGUUUGGCUGUGCUGGCAUGUUAUAUUAAGAAAUAUUUUUCUGGUCUAAAAGCCCAUUCUGUACUUUUCUCUUUAGGAAAUAGAACAAAAGUUAAGGCUGUUCUUAGGGAAAUAAAAAACUUAACUCUAGCCUAGAUGAGAUUAUGGCCUCUUUAUCCACCUGAAAUGAUGAGCACUGGUGACCCACUUCCAGGCAGUGACCUCUUUUGCAUUCAAGGUGUUAAGAUAUUGAUUAUUGUUUGAAACUCUUUUUCCGCCCUUAAAUUAGGAAAUGGUCUAGGAAGAGUGGUGACUUAUGGAAUAUUAACUCAAGAUUGUAUUUUAACAUAUUGUGUACUUGUAUUCCUACAAAUGUUACCUAAAAUACCCUUAGGGCAGAGUCAUAUUGGGGGGCAUGGGAGACUUUACCAGUUUGGACAUCUCCGAGCUACAGAUGCCUGGCUAUAAAUGAGUAAUAAAUUAACAUUGUUUCUAUC